CUUGAAAGAGAGAUACAGAGGAGUAAAAAUCAACAGAACCUUCUGAAAAUUUUCUCGUAUAGAAGAAUUCCGAGCUUCAACUUGUCAAUGGCGGCGAAGCCCGAGAAGAAGAGAAAGUCAGCUCCGGGUUCGAAAUCGGAAGCGGGGAAAUCACACCCUAAAAAACCGAAAGUAAUUGGAAGCAAUAUUCUGAAUAAAGUUUCAAAAAAGCCAUUAAAAUCACCUGGAAAAGAACAUAUACAUCAUUCAGGAAAACCUAAGGUGCAGAAAGGCGACGUGGACGAUAAGAAACUGCGUCGUUUACAGGCAAAGGAACUAGCUGAAGCUAGGAAAAAGAAGAGGAAGAGACAUUACACACUGGAGCAGGAACUUACCUCACUUUGGGAGAAGAUGCGAGUUCGAGAUAUUAAAAAAGAAGAUAGAUCCAAGCAUGUGAGUGAAGCACUCGAGAAGAUGAAGGGGAAGAUCCGUGAAAUUGCAAGCUCCCAUGUUUCAUCUCGUGUUCUUCAGACUUGUGUCAAACAUUGUACGCAAGAUGAAAGAAAUGCUGUGUUUACGGAGCUCCGGCCCCAUUUUAUUUCCCUGGUCAGCAAUACUUAUGCGGUUCAUCUAGUCACAAAGAUGUUAGAUAAUGCAUCCAAAGAACAGCUAGCAGAAUUUAUCUCCUCUCUCCAUGGGCAUGUUGCUUCUCUUCUUCGACAAAUGGUUGGUUCACUUGUUAUUGAACAUGCUUAUAGUUUGGGGAGUGCAACACAGAAGCAAGCUCUUCUCAUGGAGCUAUAUUCGCCUGAACUUCAGUUAUUUAAAGAUUUGGUCACGAUGAAGGAGACCAGGUAUAUAAUUUAUUAUUCAUCAUGUGUUUCACUCGCUGUUCAGCCUAAGCUGGACAAUGCAGAAGAGGAGCAUAUUCUCGAGCAGUUCCAUUCAAGCAGGACUAUAAGAAAACUUGUUCUCGACUGUCCUGCUUUUGCUUCGACUCUGUGGGAAAAAGCUCUAAAAGGGAAAUGUGCGACCUGGGUCGAAGGACAUAGUUCCAAGAUCAUUAACGCAUAUUUGGAAACCUCGGAUUCCAAGAUAAAAGAGCUGGCAAAAGAAGAGUUGCAGCCCUUUGUAGACAGUGGUCUUCUCAGAUUACCAGUAACAGUUUCUACUCAGUCGAAUGAGUUCUUUUGGUUGCAUGAGUUUUGGGACGAUGGAAGUUUUAUACGCCUGUAUGGGAAGCAAGCCGUUUAUAGAUCCGAUAGAGUGGCAACCGCUAUAAGUCGGGAAUUACUGUUUUCUCGUUUUCCAUUGGGAGCAGCCAUUUUCCACCUUGAAUCUAUAGCAAUGUUGCUUCUGCUCAUUGAUGCGUGCCAUGAAAUGGCAGGAGAGUUACUGAGGUCUAAAUUUGGGAAAGAGAUCAUAUAUGAGGUUGCUGUUGGAGGUGCUGAUGGUAUCCUCCAUCCAAUUUUGGAUGAAAAGUUAUCCUUUUUGCAUGAAGCUAUAGUUUCACUCGCUGUUCAGCCUAAGCUGGACAAUGCAGAAGAGGAGCAUAUUCUCGAGCAGUUCCAUUCAAGCAGGACUAUAAGAAAACUUGUUCUCGACUGUCCUGCUUUUGCUUCGACUCUGUGGGAAAAAGCUCUAAAAGGGAAAUGUGCGACCUGGGUCGAAGGACAUAGUUCCAAGAUCAUUAACGCAUAUUUGGAAACCUCGGAUUCCAAGAUAAAAGAGCUGGCAAAAGAAGAGUUGCAGCCCUUUGUAGACAGUGGUCUUCUCAGAUUACCAGUAACAGGCGAUUCUGUCAAAAACGACUAAAAAACCAUGGAGGAUGAACACGAAAUUGUUUCUGGUAGAGCAUGAAUGUGAUAUAAAUGCCUGCUCACACGAAUGACUCGUCUGAUGAGAAUCAUUGACAGUUUCUACUCAGUCGAAUGAGUUCUUUUGGUUGCAUGAGUUUUGGGACGAUGGAAGUUUUAUACGCCUGUAUGGGAAGCAAGCCGUUUAUAGAUCCGGUUAGCACCUCAUAACAUUGGCAUGAUAAUAGAAGAGGACGCUCAAAGUUUAAAUGUCUUUUCUGUUUUAGAAGUUUUGGGAUCUCUUUUUAUGUUGUUACUAGUCUUUUAAGCUAAACUUAUCAUUUUCAAAGAAACAAGAAUAUCUUCUUCUUCUUCUAUAUUUUAUGAAUGUAAUACCCUACUAAUGUAGUUUCCGUUGUCGCCCAUUUUGUUA